CCCUUUUUCUUAGAAUUAAUAGACCUUCUUCGUCUAUUUAAACCCAGCUGGCCAAUCCACUCCACUCCACCAUGAUUCCUGUUAUCGACUAGGAAAUUAAGGCCUCUCCUUUCUCUUAAUUUCUCUACGAGUAUGGGGGAAAAGAAAGAGGAUCGCGAGCAGUUGUCGUCGGUGGAGAAGAUGGCGGCGACGCCGAAGCAAGGCCGCCACAUGUACGCCAUGGGCUGCACCAUGCUCGCGUCUUUGGCCACCAUCAUGUUGGGCUAUGAUAUCGGAGUGAUGAGCGGAGCAGAAAAGUUCAUUCAGAAAGAGCUCCACAUCAGCGACACGCAGGUGGAGAUUCUCAUCGGCAGCCUUAGUCUCUACUCACUCGUAGGUUCCUUCACCGCCGGAUUCACCUCCGACUGGAUCGGCCGCCGGUACACGAUCGUCCUCGCGGCCGCCAUCUUCUUCGCUGGCGCGCUGUUCAUGGGCUUCGCCAUGAAUUAUGCCUUUCUCAUGUUCGGCCGCUUCGUCACCGGCGUCGGCGUUGGAUACGCGGCUAUAAUAGCCCUCACCUACAACGCUGAGAUCGCCCCUGCCUCCUGCCGUGGCUUCCUCACUUCCUUCCCGGAGGUCUUCAUCAACGUCGGCUUACUCCUAGGAUACAUCUCCAACUACGCCUUCUCCCAUCUCCGGCAGUCCCUCGGGUGGCGAUUCAUGCUCGGCGUUGGCGCCAUUCCGUCGGUUUUUCUCAGCGUCGGCGUGCUCGCCAUGCCGGAGUCGCCGCGGUGGCUCGUCAUGCGCGGUCGACUCGGCGACGCCAAGGAGGUUCUCGAGAAGACCUGCGACUCGCCGGAGGAAGCGCGGCUCCGUCUCGCCGACAUCAAGCGGGCUGCCGGAAUCCCGGAAGAAUGCGACGAAGACGUGGUGGCGGUCCCCAAGAAGAACAGAGACAACAGGGGAGCCUGGAGGGAGCUGCUGCUGCGGCCGAGGUCGUCGGUGCGCCGUGUGCUGAUCGCCGCCAUGGGGAUCCACUUCUUCCAGCAGGCGUCGGGGAUCGACUCGGUGGUUCUGUACAGUCCCCGGGUGUUCGAGGCGGCGGGGAUCAAGUCUGACAACGCGCAGCUGGGGAUGACGGUGGCGGUGGGGUUCACCAAGACUCUCUUAAUCCUGGUGGCGACCUUCUUCGUAGACCGCGUGGGGAGGCGGCCGCUGCUGCUGGGGAGCUUCGCAGGGAUGAUCGUGUCGCUGGCGGGGCUGGGGAUCGGGCUGACGGCCGUGGGCAGGCACGGCGAUGGAGGGCAGUCGCUCCAGUGGGCGGCGGCGCUCAGCAUCAGUUCCACACUCGCGUACGUGUCGUUUUUCUCCAUCGGCGCGGGGCCCAUGACGUUAGUGUACAGCUCGGAGGUCUUCCCGCUGCGCCUGCGAGCGCCGGGGGCCGCCAUCGUGGCGGCCGUGAACCGGGUCACCAGCGGCGUCAUCGCCAUGACCUUCCUCUCUCUCUCCAAGGCCAUCACGCUGGGGGGCAGCUUCUUCUUGUACUCCGGAAUCGCCGCGGUGGCAUGGGUGUUCUUCUUCACGUUCUUGCCGGAGACGCGGGGCAGGACGCUGGAGGAGAUGCAGGAGCUCUUCGGGGAGCAAAAGAAAACGGCGGCGCCGGAGAAGAGGAAGGAAGACACCACCGGAGUCGAAAUGGUGAACGGCGGUAAUUAGUACUAGAAAACUCAAGAUCAAUCAGCUAUUACUCGCUGUAAACAUUAUUCCAGCAAACAGGAACCUUUUGGAUUUCAAACAUAGUUCCUUCAUGAACAUCUACGAGAUUAAAUCCACAGUCAAUUCUGUAUCCAGUAUUUGUAAUCAUCUGCAAAUAUAACUGAAUGUUUGGCAAUAAAUGAUA